AUGAACGUUUCCGAUCUGGAAUCGGUGGUUUCGCUGGCGAAACAAGAACCGGAAGCGGCCAGCAGAAUGAUGGGCAACACGGCGGAAUGCCGAAUCUGUUACCUGGUGAACGAGGCAACGUAUCUGAAUAUUUUCGCAACGGAGCACGCCGAUAAAAACAUUGCCUCGCUCAUUGCAAAACAUCUGUGGUUCGAGGUAGUGCCGACGAGGGAACCUCAGCUGAUUUGUUUCCGGUGCUGGUCGGCACUGGAUGAGUUCAAUGCUUUCUACAACACCAUCGAGGAGUGUCGCCGGAUGCGAACGGAGGAACCAGUGCACUACGACGACGACACGAACCGUUCGACGGUUUCCCCCGCCUGCUUUGCCGGGCCAACGGAGUACAAAACGGAGUUUCUCGAAAUCAAAGGUGAACCGGUGGAAGACGACGACGAUGACGAGGAGGACGAAAGGAGGUCGUUCGUCUUGAGCGACGGUUACCUGGAAGAUUCGACCGAGCGGCCACACGUGGCCGCGGUGAAAUCGGAAGCGACCGAGGAAGAUGCGCCGUGCUCCUCGCAGCACCGGAAAGUCCGGAACCGGACUAGGCACCGGAAGCAAACCAAACUGGUGCACACGCGGGCCAAACGGAAAGUGCCGAGCAGCGUGCAGAAAAUGGAAGACGCGGAACUGUUGGAAUUUUAUAAGCGCAUCGUUUGCGAGGUGUGCGACAACCAGCGGAUGAUGGUCGGUGACCCAUUGAUAGACUACGGGUCGUGGACGGCGCUGCUGCGGCACUCGAAGGUGGUGCACGGCCACUACAAGAUCUACGUCCAGUGUCCGGUGUGCGAGAUGAAGCUGCGCACGAAGGUGACCCUGUGGCAGCACAUGGAUAUGCACAAGAAUCCGGAGAAGUAUCGGUGCGAGGUGUGUGCCGAAAUCCACCAGAACAUGAAGGAGCACAUGCAGAACAAACACGAGGAGCGCCAGUACAGUUGCGAUCUGUGCGCGAGCAAGUUCCCCUUCAAGAAGCGCCUGGUGGUGCACAUGAAGAAAAUGCACGCCGAGAAGGACGUUCGGUGCGAUCAGUGCCAGAAGUCCUUCACCAAGUACACGAUUGAGGACCACAAGCGAUCGGUGCACACGGCACGGUUCGUGUGUGAGCACUGCCCGAAAACGUUCAAAAUUCGGUUCCGGCUGCUGAAGCACAUGCAGGAACACGACAAAAGCCUGCGGGUGGCGACGUGCGUGCCGUGUCACAUCUGCGAUCAGGUGAUGGGCGACAAGUACAUCCUCCGGCAACACAUUAAGCAUAUGCACGCAGAACAGCAGUCGGUCAACUGUGAUACCUGUGGCAAGACGUUCAAAAACAAGCGCAACCUGUCGGUGCACCUGGCCAACGUGUGCAUGAAGCUGGUCAGUCUUCACUCGUGCAGCAUUUGCGACAAACAGUUUCGCCACCUGAACAAACUGAAGGAUCAUAUGGCGUCGUGUAGUACGCCCAACUGAAACUCGCGAGGCGUUUUUCUGUGCGAUCGAAAAGGGUAUCGCGAUUGAAGGCCCCCGGCAACGCAACCGCUUGCGGUUGCUACGGUUACGGCGAGAGUCGAUGGGGGCUUAUCCCUUUCUUUUAAAUAGAAAUUAUUUCCAAAUCGGCCAGCCAGCACAGCAGGCUGGUGCAGGCGGGCGUUUAUUUCCCUUUUUGCAUGUGCCGGCCACAUACUUUCGAUAACCCAUUCCCUUACGCAUAGAACUCGCUUUCGAUGGGCCUCCGUAACCAGCACCGUUGUACAUAAAGUAGGUUCUUAAUAUUGUGCAUAGUAGGGGAAGGGAACCGAGUUCAAUAAUGGCGUAAGAGUGGCUAUGGCCGAGUGUGCAAAGUCGGCCGAGGAAUGACUUGCAAUCGGGCACAGUGCUCAUCGGUUUGAGAUGACGAUCUACGCGAGAUCAUGAUGUGGUUCAAAAGGAGCGAAAAGUCAUUUUCCCCCGUGGCCGCUAUUGAUGGACAAAGUCAGGAAAUGGUGUAAAUAUGUAAAACACACGAAAGGGCGUUACUAAUCGAAACAUUUAUUUACAUUUAUUUAUUUUUCGCG